AUGCGUAGUGCCGCUGCUCUCAUCGGGGCUCUCGCCCCUGCUGUUCUCGCCGGUACCCAGGCUAAGAACGUCAUCUACAUCGUCCCUGAUGGCUAUGGCCAAGCCUCCCAGACCAUGGCCCGGGACUAUGUCUCUCUACUGGAGACUAGCACCACCCCCCGCAACCCCAACAUCUUCGAGCUUGCCGCUGAUGACAUGACCAGGGGUCUCGUCCGUACCCAUGCCAGUGACAACCUAAUCACCGACUCGGCCUCGUCCGGCACCGCCUUCGCCUGCGGCUACAAGACCUACAACAACGCCGUCAGCGUUCUCGAGGACGGCAAGACCCCCGUCGCCUCCAUUCUCGAGGCCGCCAAGCUUGCUGGCAUGAAGACUGGCCUCGUCGUCACCAGCACCAUCUUCCACGCCACGCCCGCUGUCUACGCCGCUCACGCCGCCCACCGCAACAGCUACGCCGACAUUGCCGCCCAGGAGAUUGGCUACACCCACCCUCUCGGCCCCGUGGUCGACGUCCUCCUCGGCGGCGGUCGCUGCCUCUUCAAGCCCCGCUCUGCCGCGGGCUCUUGCCGUAGCGACAACGUCGACCUGUUUGGUUUCGCCGAGGAGAACGGCUACCACGUCAUGCAGGACCGCGACGCCUUUGACGGGCUUCAGAAGGGUCUGGGCGACAUUCGCAUUCCCUUUAUUGGUCUUUUCAAUGACGACCAGAUGAAGUAUGAGAUCGACCGCAAGAUCGACCAGGACGAGCCCUCCCUGGUCGAGAUGGUCGAGACUGCCGUCAACGCCCUCCACCGCGCCACCCACUGCAAGGAGCAGGGCUACUUCCUCAUGGUCGAGGCCUCGCGCAUCGACCACGCCGGCCACGCCAACGACCCGGCCGCCCACCUCCACGACACCAUCAUGUACAACGACGUCAUGGGCUUCGUCCGCGACUGGAUCGACGACCACCCGGACACCGUCAUGAUGUCCGCCGCCGACCACGAGUGCGGCGGCCUCACCCUCAACGGCUUCAACCCGCUCGGCCUCAAGGACACCCGCCGCUCCGGCGAGCACAUCGAGCGCGUCUGGCGCAACCGCCCCGCCGGCGUCGACCCCCGCGCCUUCCUCGUCUCCGAGAUCCUCCCGGAGAUGGGCCUCGCCGGCGCCACCAACGCCCAGAUCAACACCAUCGUCUCCUCCUCCAACCCCGCCCGCGAGGUCCUCGCCCUCCUCAGCGCCCGCGCCGGCGUCCACUGGUCCAGCGGCGGCCACACCGCCUCCGACGUCACCCUCUUCGGCUACGCCGCCGGCGACAAGGCCGACGCCUUUAAGGCCGAGCUCGCUGGCAACUUCGACAACACCGAGCUGCCCCGCAUCGUCGAGAAGAUCCUCGGCGGCGCUGUCGACCUCGACGCCGCCACCGAGCGCCUGCGCGCCAACGGAACCAACUGGGUUUCCAAGCGCGGCCUUGAGCAGCGUUCUGUCAGCGACCACUGGCAUUGA